CUUUACUCUUCCAGGACUUCCUGAAGCAUAAACAUGCAGAACUACACUUCUGUGACUGAGUUCAUCCUGUUGGGAAUUCCUAACACCGAAGGGCUGCAGAGCAUGGUAUUUGUCUUGUUUUUGGCCUUCUACCUCUUCCUCUUGCUCGGAAACCUGCUUAUCUUCUUCGCCAUUUUGGUUACCUUCAACCUCCACACCCCCAUGUAUUUCUUCCUGGGAAAUCCGUCAGUGUUUGACUUAUUUUUCCCUUCAGUGAGUUCCCCCAAAAAGAUGCUCUACUUAAUAGGGCAAAGCCGGACCAUCUCUUACCAGGGCUGUGCCUCCCAGCUCUUCUUUUACCACUUCCUGGGUGGUACUGAGUGUUUCCUCUACGCUGUGAUGGCUUAUGAUUGUUUUGUGGCUAUUUGUCGCCCAUUGAGAUACACGGUUAUCAUGAACAACAGGGUAUGUACUGGCUUGACACUGGGCACUUGGAUGGGCGGCUGUCUACGUGGAAUUAUCCUCACAUUUCUUAUCUUUAGGUUACCCUACUGUGGCCCCAAUAAGGUGGACAAUUUUUUCUGUGAUAUCCCAGUGAUGUUGCCCCUGUCCUGUGCAGACACCUCUCUAGCAAAGACUGUGAGUUUUAUUAACUUGGAUGUUGUGACUCUCACAUGCUUUUUCCUUAUCCUUAUCUAUAGUCACAUUGUCCUUUCCAUAUUGAAAAUAAGCUCCUCAGAAGGCAGGCACAGAGCCUUUUCAACCUGUAGUGCCCACCUGAUUUCAAUCCUUUUGUUUUACAGGCCUGUGAUGCUCAUCUAUCUCAGGCCUGCUUUCAGCCCCUGGCUAGAUUCUGUUACUCAAGUGUUAAAUAAUAUUGUUACACCUUCACUUAAUCCUUUGAUUUACACCUUAAGGAACAAAGAUGUGAAAUUGGCUCUGAGGAAAGUAUUAACUCAAGUUGUCCAUAUUUAA